AUGGCUCGCACUUGUUGUCAUGUUUCUCUUGCUUUCAUCCUCAAAUGCUUUAAUUUUCUUCAAGCUUUUGUUGGGAUUUCGAUUAUUGUUUAUUCCGCAUGGAUGCUCGAUCGGUGGAAUCAUCAAGUUCCUGUAUCUCCUCCGCCUUCUCCUGUACCGGCGUUGGCUCCUUCUCCGGCUUCUUCUGCUUCGUUUUAUUUGAAUUCUGAAUCAGUCUCUCUUGCCGAUCGGAUCACCGCCGCGAAUUUAGCUGGCGAUUUGAUUCCCGAGCUCGGGACGGAUUUAGAGCUUGAUUUGAAUGCCUUUAAGCUUCCGGCUCCUUGGUUCAUCUACUCAUUCAUGGGAUUGGGCAUCAUGUUGUGUUCUACUACUUUAGUUGGCUGCAUUGCAGCUGAAGCAAUAAGUGGCUGCUGCCUCUGUUUUUACAACAUGCUUAUAAUACUGUUUAUUCUCGUGGAAGUGGCUUUGGUAUCAUUUAUUGCAAUUGAUCGCCGGUGGGAAAAGGAUCUUCCAUUUGACCCAACGGGUGAACUCGAUGGACUCAGGAAAUUCAUUGAAGACAACGUCGAUCUGUGCAAGUGGAUCGGUAUCAUCGUGAUUUCAACGCAGGCAUUGUCUCUACUGUUAGCAAUCAUUCUGAGAUCCAUGGUUUCAACCCGUAAAACUGAGUACGAUACCAACGAGGAGAUCGGUGAUCAAGACAGAAUUCGGGAAACAUUGCUUAAUCCACCUGCAAAUCAAGCUUCUGGUGCUAAAUUUGCCCUUUGGGGUGCACGCAUGAGAGAGAAGUAUGGAUUGAAAAACAGUGAAUGAUAGAGUUCAUCAAACCAGAGUUCGUAAAUAAAUAUUAAAAAAAAAAAAAAAAAAAAAAAAAAACAGAAGCAAUCGAAACAGAAAGUCUUCCUCGAGCAGGUCAGAGAAACUCAAACCAGUCAUUGGUGUGUGUAAGUUUCUGUUCUGCUAUAUUGUGUGCUUUGAUUUGGGUUGGUCUGAUAGGAUAGAUUGCAAUCAGCUUUGUGAAAGAACGGAAGGUUCUGGUGUGUAUAUCAUCAAGUUGAGGAAUUUGAAUAAGUUCUAUUUUUCCAUUCUACUCUUCUAAAUUUGAUAUGAUGUUUAACCAAA